UGUGUCAUUUUCAUAGAUCUGUAUCAUUUUGCUGCGGAGCAGGGAUAAAUAUGGCUGGAAUAAAAUCGCUUUACGACAUCACUACAAAAACCCUUACAGGAGAAGAGUUCAAGUUUUCUUCUUUACAGGGUAAGGUGGUCCUGAUCGAGAAUGUCGCUUCUCUUUGAGGAACGACCACCAGGGAUUACACCCAGAUGAACGAGCUCCACGAGCGCUUCUCAGAUAAAGGGCUUGUGAUUCUGGGAGUCCCCUGCAAUCAGUUCGGGUAUCAGGAAAACUGUAAAAAUGAAGAGAUCCUUUUGUCCUUGAAGUAUGUCCGUCCAGGCAAUGGCUUUGAACCUAAAUUUCAGCUCUUGGAAAAGGUCGACGUGAACGGGAAAGACGCUCACCCUCUCUUCGUCUUCCUCAAGGAGAAACUUCCAUUCCCGAGCGACGAGCCAAUGCCCUUUAUGAACGACCCCAAAUUUAUCGUGUGGAGUCCCGUAUGCAGAAACGACAUCGCUUGGAAUUUCGAGAAGUUUCUUAUUGGAUCUGAUGGAGUGCCAUUCAAACGCUAUGGAAGGAGAUACCUGACCAGCAACAUCGAGCGAGACAUCAAGAAACUUCUCAGCAUAGCCAAUUAAAAUGUCUUUUAAAGGGUUUGUGGGUCAAACGGGUGUCAAAAUAAAUCAUUAAUAAUCCUGCUUGCAUACCUGAACCUAUAUGGGUCUCUAAUAUGUUUUUAAGGCAGGUUGUGCUCUCAUGUGCAUGAUGUUGCUGAGUUUGGACUUUUACUUCAUGAAGAUGUUCCUGUAAACAUGCUAGUCUGUGGGGAGCAGCUGAUGUACUGCAAAAGUCCUAACUGAACGGUUCCAUUAAGCUCUUGUAUGGCACGACAUGCAUUUUAGACCAAUAAAUAUGAAUGUUUUCUA